AUGACGGAAAUCGAGUCAACAGCAACUGCAGCAGAAGCAGAACGACAUCGUUCCGAAGGGAACGAACAUUUUCGCUCAUUUCGUUAUUAUAAUGCUAUCAUGAGUUAUACAAGAUCAUUGGAAUGUAACGAAACAUCCCCAGUGCUGGCGAACAGAGCUCAGGCUUACCUCAAUACCAAACAGUACGAAAGAGCUUUAAUGGAUUCUGCGAGAGCUUUAGAAUUAGAUGCAAACAACAUAAAGGCAGUAUUUAGGUAUGCAAAAGCAUUAAAAAAUUUGCACUUAUAUGAAGUCGCAGUUGAAAAGAUUUCAAAAAUUGAUUUAAAUAAUCCAAAAAAUAAAGAAAUUGCAAGGCUGAAACAAAAUGUUCAAAAUAAGGCUAACUGUGCAGAACUGAAGUUGUUGUGUGGUGACAGAGAUGAGUUCCUUCGUUCAAAAGUACCAUUAAUGAAAAUUGAAAAUGUCGAGAUAGUGAGGAUGAAAUCAGCUGACCAAAUAAUUCAGAAAAAAUCACAGAUAUUUCCCACGGAAUUGUUACUGGAAAUUCCACCUCCUCCAACGACAUCAUUCAUUUUUAUCUCUGAUUUUCACAAACUUAAGGACAAGCCGAUAGCAUUUGUCGAAUACUUUUUGUCAAUUGAUAAGAAUCACUAUGCCGAAUUGCUCGAUGAAAUAAUUGAAACCGAAAUGAUUAAGUGUUUAAUAGUCGGUUUCGAUAACCUUGCCGAUGAAUCAAACAUUUCUCAAAUGUUAGAAUGUUUGAUUAAGCUAGCCGAUGUUUCCCGAUUUGAUAUCGCUGUACUGUUUUUGGAUGAAGCUACAAAGAAUGUAAUAAGAAAACUGAUGGAACGUUAUUCAGUGGAUGAGAAGCAAUUAUCUAUUCUACAAGUAUUAUAUGCUCUAUGA